CCACACGGAGAGCUCGGCUUGGCUAGAAGCUAUCCAGAGCUGCUGGUCAACGAUCAUUGAUCCACGAGUCCACAAGAGCUGUCAAACGUCGACGAACAAUUAUUCCUGGUGCGAUCGAUGUGCCUCACGCGCGUCCUUCUCCGGAGCUGACCGUUGGCGAAUGUUUGGAAAUCCCGGAUUUUGCAUUCGUGAGAGAUCAUGUAUGAGUCAGUGAGGAGUCAUUCGUGAAGCAGUGAACUACGUCGAGCAUUUAAGUCCGUCGCGGAAUGAGCAGAUAGCUCUUGUUCAGAAAUAUCGAAAUCUUGUUAUUGCGGAUCCAAGCAGUGUGCUAAUCGACGUAUAAGGUGAUCGAUCGACGUUUAAGAAUGACAGUAAUAAGGAUGACCUCGCCGGUCACGCCUGCAUCGACCAGUCCGGACUCGUCAGACGAGACUCAGGCGUUGCAGGCAAGUCCUAAACCGGCUCAUCGAUUGAGCUUCUCUGUCGCGGCUCUGCUAGCCGAUACUAGAAAAUCGUCAGAGUCCUCGACAAGACAGGACGCGAUUCUAACAUCACCCAGAUCGUCACCGAUCGUAUCGUACGCGAUUCGACAGGAGCCUCGUAUGCUGAAGCAUCCAUGUGAUUUCAAAACAUCAAGAUACACUUUAGCAUCGUCGCCCAAUCUUAAUCAAGACGCUAGAUUGAUUCGUUGCGUCUCUCCUCACAAUACUUCGGAGCCCAGAACUCCGCCGAGAUAUCCCGAAGCGAUCGAUUAUGCUUGCAAUAUCGAAUCACCCGGCAGAAGAUCAACCUCUGGUAGCUUGGAUUACCGCAUGCAUCCAUCCACCGACGCUAGUACCACACCAGAACCUAUGGUAGGCUGUUCUUCGUCUCCGAAGAUCGGCAAUCAUCAGGACGCCGGCUCGCAAUCACCGAGAAGCAGCUCUCACGGUGAGGCUCAUUCGAGGUGUUCGGAAACGGACGAUAUCGAAGAGGAUGAUGAGAGCAGACUGGUUGACGUGGAAGAUCUUCAGCAUCAUCCGUCCAGCCCAACUCCCGUUAGGCCGACACCGGCGUAUCUUGGUGGUUUCGCUACCAUCAGCGGUAUCCCGGAGAUCCCUAGUCUUCAUCCCGCAGUCUGGGGCGGCGGACAUCAAAAUGCAGCCGCAGCCGCUGCGGCGGCUGCAGCGGCCGCAGCCACAGCCACAUUCUUCCCUUCUCACUUCUCUCAUCAUGCUCCUCUAAACGAGAACGGCGAACCAGCUAAGAUUAAGUGCAACCUGAGGAAACACAAGCCAAACCGAAAGCCCAGAACGCCCUUCACGACCCAACAGUUACUGGCCCUCGAGAAGAAAUUCAGAGAGAGGCAAUACUUGAGCGUUGCCGAGAGGGCAGAGUUCUCGUCCUCAUUGCACCUCACGGAGACACAGGUAAAGAUCUGGUUUCAGAACCGACGUGCCAAGGCGAAACGUUUGCAAGAAGCGGAAAUCGAGAAGCUGAGAAUGUCGGCCGUGAGACAGCAUCAUACGGCGCUAUACGGCUCGCAUCCGGGGAUCUUAACCCCCGCGGGACUUUAUCCCGUAGGAAUGCUGUCUCAUCCCGGUUUGACGCCUCAUCACGCAAUCGCUCAGCAUCCUGCGAGGGAAUGAGAGCAACAAAUGUUCGAUACCGGUUAGAAACUGGUUGAAAUGAAUCUGUCGUCGAAUCUCACAUCAAGAAUAAUUUCGGCUACGCGAAAAGGGCAGGCUUAAAAAUUACUGCAGUUGAUAAAUAAUAUUAAAAUGAUCUCGAGAAAAAAAAGGAGAGAGAGAGAGAGAGAGAGAAAGAGAGAAAUUUCGUCAUCGGUUUUAUAUACUUUUUCCAGUAUUAGUUUAAUAAAGAAGUGAAGGCUCACAAGUCUGUUAAGAAAUUCGUCUGUGCCAAUGUCGCCCGUCUUGAAAAGGCUGGAAACUAUUGUAAAUAGAAUUGUAAAUAUUAUUCAUGUACGCGUUAAUUACUUUGUACAUAAAUACCUAGUGAUACCUAUUUGAGAAAUGGGGUUGCAUUUGCAUCGCUGAAUGCAAGUAAUAAAACGAAUGAAUCUUGGUAGUUUAGAGAGAAUUCUUUUUCCAAUUUUGUAUAAAUGUAAAGCAAGCAUAAUGACGAUCAGAAGAAUUUAUUUAAU